CGCAGAGUGAACAAAACCAUAUAAAAAAUGCUUAAUUUUGCAAGCUUUUUACAUUUACAAAAUCGUCACGGACAGCAUACGAAAAUCGACGAUACCAACUAUAAAUACCAAACUCAUCAUAAUCACAACAACAAAACGCAUAAGAACAUAAAGAAGUUGCUGCAUAAAACCAGUGAAGAGCAGCCGACACCUGUAAGCUAUCUGAAAUUCGACAAUGUCGAGCACCAUGCGACAGCUGAUAGUCCUGCUGAUGCCGCUCCUGCUGCUGCUGCAGCGUGGUGUUGCAGCCAGUCCGGCGCCGGGGAAUUUCGCCGAUGCAGCGGAGACGAUCGAUGUGCCGCCGGAACACCGUGCGCCGCCACCCGGUGCUGCCACUGCUGUUCCGCCCAGUGCGCCAGUGCCAGGCUUUGGCGUGCGCCCUCCCUUCCUGGCUGCUGCUGCGCCACAGCCGCGCGGCGCUUUCCCUUCUGUCGUCUUUCGACCGGCAUUUGCCCCAUUCGCCAGCAGCUUCAAUGGGCUCAUGGUGCAGCACUUCGCCGCGUACCCGCGCCCGAUUGCGCCGACUGCCGCUUAGCCGUUUACCAACAAGAGAAUUCAGACAGCUGCCCACCGUGUUGCACCGCAGCGUCAGCCACCGGUUGCAUUAAAGCAACAUGCAACAAUAACUGCUACGAAUGUUGCUCCCCAGAGGCGCUGCCUGCUGUGCUCACAAACCAACUUCCUACUACAACUACAUCUAAAUUAUCAUCUAUCAAACCAUGGUCGCUAGCACCAUUCCAAAUGAAAUUAAAACUGCUGACCGGUACCGCCACGAAUUGUUGUUAAUCAAGCAACGUGCAGCGAUCUUGCUUCUCCACUAAAUUACAUCUGUUAAAUUAAAUUUAAAAGUGAAAUAAAAUUAAUCGUAUUUUUGUUGUUGCCAA